AUGUGAAGUGCUUUGAUUUUAGUGCUCAUACGCAUAAAAAUAGUCACCGUUCAUUAAUAGCUAUAGGAAUUCUUUUAAUUCUCAUAGCGUAGUACCACCGAAAGGCCAUACACGAAGAAAAUUUUGCCAUCAUGGAUAUACAAGACAAUCCGUCGUCAUUAUUAGAAUCAGAAGCGGAUGAUUCUAGUUCCCAGGACCGACCGGUUUGGAGUCGAAAAAUAGAAUACCUUUUAUCUCUAUUAGGUUACAGCGUGGGACUGGGUAAUAUCUGGAGAUUCCCAUAUCUUUGUAUGAGAAAUGGAGGAGGUGCCUUUUUGGUUCCGUUUUUUAUCUUGCUGUUCACCAGCGGAGUUCCUCUUUACUUCUUGGAAGUGUCUCUUGGUCAGUUUACUGGAAAAAGCCCCAUUGUAGUAUGGUCCAUCUCUCCCUUAUUCAAAGGGCUUGGAUGGCUGAUGAUGACGAUCUCCUUUUUGGUGGCUUGGUACUUCAACUUAGUCAUUGCUUGGGUUCUCUAUUAUUUUGUCCAUGCUUUCUUCCCCAAGAUCCCAUGGGCUACGUGUGAUAAUUGGUGGAACACAGAGCAAUGCAUCGUCAGCCACAAAGAUAGACUUAGAAUAAACAAUUCUUUUACAACAACGAACCAAUCCACAACAUCGGCUAUUUUCAAUGAAACUGAAUCCCUUUCCACUGUUAAUACUUCCUAUGGUGGUCAGAAUUUAACAUACAACACGACGUCUGGUGGUCAGAAUUUAACAUAUAAUACGGCAGCAUAUGAAUUUUGGCAAUAUAAUGUUCUUAGACGAUCAGAUGGCAUAGAGUAUCCGGGUUCCGUUCAGUGGCAUCUCGUUUUGGUUCUGCUUGCUUCCUGGAUGUUGACAUUUGCAUGCCUUAUUAAAGGUAUACAUUCAGUUGGAAAGGUUGUGUAUGUGACGGUUAUUUUUCCGUAUGUACUAUUGACAAUUCUCCUAAUACGUGGUGUGACUCUAGAUGGUGCAAUCGAUGGGAUACUUUUCUACCUAAACCCAGACUUCACAAAACUUCUACAUUUUCAAGUGUGGCUAGAAGCAGGUUUGCAGGUUUUCUUUUCUCUCGGUCCUGCUUGGGGAGGACUCAUCACAAUGUCAAGUUACAAUAAGUUUAACAACAAGUGCAUUCAGGACGCUUGGUAUGGUACUUUGGCCGAUGGUCUGACAAGUUUCUACGCUGGAUUUGUUGUCUUCUCCAUCUUAGGUUUCAUGGCCAAAGACGUUGGUGUGACAAUGGAAGAAAUUUCAAACUUUUCAACAGGACCUGGACUAGUAUUUGUGGCGUACCCAGAAGUUAUAACGAAACUCCCGAUGCCACAUCUGUGGGGGGUCCUGUUUUUCCUCAUGUUGAUAACUGUUGGAGUUGACACCCAGUUUGGAAUGUUUGAGACGGUUGCAAGUGGACUAGCAGACAAAUAUCCCAAGCAGUUGAGCUCUCGGAAAAUCUUGACAACGGCCAUUUUGUGUCUUUUUCUCUUUGUCUUAGGAAUUCCACUCACAACUAAUGGAGGUAUAUAUGUCUUCCAGUUAGUAGACUGGUACGUUGCCACUUUCUGUAUCUCAUUUGCAUCAUUCCUAGAAUGUGUCAUUAUAUCAUGGAUCUAUGGAGCUGAACGUUUCAGUCGAGAUGUAGAGCUGAUGAUAGGAAGACCUAUCCCCCUCACCAUGAGGAUAAGCUGGUGCAUUAUCACCCCUUUAUUCAUGAUGGUUUUAUUUCUGAUGUCAAUGAUUAUGUAUGCCCCACCAAACUCAGCUAGUUAUACGUAUCCAGAAUUCGCCAUUGGAAUCGGCCAAUUUUUCGCCAUACUCCCUCUGUUACCAAUACCAGUGCUGAUGAUUUGGGAAAUCCUGCGAACAAAAGGUUCACUCAUUCAGAGAAUAAAGGCUCUUGUACGCCCGGAUUCCAGCUGGGGACCUAACAGUAAACGUCACUGGCAGACGUACAAAAUGUAUGAAUAUAAGGGUGGACUAAUAAACAGAAUGAAAGUGAAUCUACUAGGAGAUAGUAAACAUUCUGAUGUUGGAAACUGAAAUAGAACUUGCAUUGUACUCUCAGGAACCUAUAAACAAUAAUGGACGUUGUUUUUUUUUUAAAUUAGUUUCAAUUCACCCAAAUCAAUUUAGGUUACUUUUACUAUCUAUAUCCGUCCGUCGUUGUGCGGCAUCGAAACAACAAAUCCGAAUAAAUUUUGCUGAUAGUAUCUAUCGUAUCGGUAACCUCUUUUCCUCCCGGUGCCUGAAAGAUGUGGUCGAAACCAUUAAAAUGAAUACAGUUCGUAGAAAUUUUCUUCUUUACUCAUAAGCAUCAAACAAAUGGCAUAAUUGAAAUACGUAAUGAGCCCUCUACCAAUGUUGUAAAAUUCAUAUCCCCAACUGAGUGCAGAGCUUGGGUCUUAUGGCAGAAUUACGUAACAAGCAAAUUUUGUCAAUCAAAAUAAAGUAUUAGAUAUGUAA